CUGGGAGUUCAUCGUGCUCGAGCCUCCGCAGCAACAGCGUCCAAACCAAACCGCCGCGGAGCUCCAACUGAGUCGUUGUCCCGCAGACUGACAAACUGCAGCUUCUUAUUUAUUUUUUUUCCGACCGAGGGAAACAGCGGCCAUGGAGGAGCUGGCGCGUUACUUCUUCUGGGCGCAACUUCUCGUAGCUUGCCUGGUGUUUGGGGUGAAAGGUGACCUCUGUAAAGUGAACGUUUGUAAGAACGGGGGAACCUGUGUGACCGGCACAGGGUCUCCGUUCAUUUGCAUCUGCCCCGACGGCUUUUCAGGUGAAACCUGCAAUGAGACUGAGACAGGGCCUUGUAGCCCCAACCCCUGUCAGAACGACGGCGUCUGCGAGGCGACUGGCCAGAGCCGCCGCGGUGACGUCUUCACCGAGUACGUCUGCAAAUGUCAGCCCGGCUAUGAAGGAGUCCACUGCCAGACCAGUGUCCAGGGAGCAAAUUUAAACUCUACAAAAGACGUAAACGACUGCGCCGGCCACCCGUGCGAGAACGGUGGCACCUGCCGGGACUUGGACGGAGACUUCAAAUGCCACUGCCCCUCUCCAUAUGUGGGCAAACAUUGCCAACUGCGCUGUAUUUCUCUCCUCGGCAUGGAGGGCGGGGGCAUCGCCGAGUCCCAGAUCACAGCCUCAUCGAUCCGCUACACCAUGCUGGGCCUGCAGCGCUGGGGCACAGAGCUGGCCCGCCUCCACAACAAGGGACUGGUCAACGCGUGGAGCGCCGCUCCUCAUGACAAGAACCCCUGGAUACAGAUCAACAUGCACAGGACGAUGCGUUUCACGGGCGUCGUGACUCAGGGUGCCAGUCGCAUCGGCACGCAAGAAUUCAUCAAGGCCUUCAAAGUGGCGUCCAGUCAGGACGGCAGGACGUUCACCAUGUACAGGACCGAAGGACAGAGAAAGGACCAGAUUUUUGCGGGGAACGUGGACAACGACGGCACCAAGACCAACCUGUUCGACCCCCCGAUUAUCGCACAGUACAUCCGCAUCAUCCCUGUUGUGUGUCGCAAGGCCUGCACCCUGCGCAUGGAGCUGGUGGGCUGUGAACUCAACGUGUAUUCAAACACUCCAGGUUGUUCGGAGCCCAUGGGCAUGAAGUCUCGCCUGGUGCUGGACCGUCAGAUCACGGCCUCCAGCACCUUCCGCACCUGGGGCAUGGACGCCUUCACCUGGCUGCCACACUACGCCCGGCUGGACAAGCAGGGCAAGACCAACGCCUGGAUCCCCGCCAUCAACAGCCGGUCUGAGUGGCUGCAGGUGGACCUGUUGUCUCCCAAGAGGAUAACAGGAAUCGUCACUCAGGGAGCAAAAGACUUCGGCUCUAUCCAGUUUGUUUCGUCGUUCAAAAUAGCCCACAGUAAUGACGGAUGGUCCUGGACUGUACUGCAGGACAAAACCACGCGCAAAGACAAGAUCUUUACCGGCAACAGCGACAACAACGUUCACAAGAAGAACAUCUUCGAGCCGCCUUUCUACAGCCGCUACGUCCGCGUCCUGCCCUGGGAGUGGCACGAGCGCAUCACCCUUCGGAUGGAGCUGCUGGGCUGUGACGAGUAGCACGGCCUCUGCUCUACGUCCACAUCACACGCCCCACCCUGCCCUAAUCCUCUGUUCUUUCCUCCUGAGCCAUACCUGCACUGCCUUGCUCUCAGCUCUAGGGGGCAGCAAACAAUAGCGUAGCACCCCACCAAAAGCCUGGCUGGUCAGAGGUGGGAGUCGUUACCCCUAACCACUGUGAGCAGAAUCUCGAUUCAGCUAAACUUGCCUAUUUUUUUAUUUUAUUUUGUUUUUCCUGUUUUGAAUCAAAUCGCUUCAAGAAGCAGAGCAAGGUCCGCUCUUAUCCCCCUGUGUUUUAUGAAAUAAAAGUGUUAAUUUCCUCCUUCUUGUGUCAGAAGUCAGGGCGACUCAGUCGGUGCUGCUUGAACUCUGAUCCUGGAUCAGCUCUACCUGGAACAGCAAACCUCAGAGACCCACAGCUGGUGAUGUACAUAACCCGACCUUCAGUCCAACACUCACUGUCCCUUCUAGUCCGUAUGUAGAUUAUCUCUAGAUGACGCUUUGAGGUGUACAUAUAUCGUAGUUUCAUCCUAAAAAAAAGAAAAGAAAAGUAUUUUAGCUAGAAACCUAACAGGCUUAUGAACAUGUUUGCUGUGAUUCUGUUAAGUAAAUUAAAUAGUGUUUAUAAGAGUUUUAUAUUGGUGAAAAAUCUAAAGUGAGAUCAGUUUAUGUUCCUCUUUCUCCCUUGUUUUAAGGUUUGAAAUCCAGAGAGUAAACUCUGUAUUUAUUAAUUCCUCAGGAAGCAUAAAAAAUAAAAAAAACCACAAAAUUCUGCAUAUGUCUGAAAGUAUUUGUAAAAUCUGGCUGCUUGACUUACUGUAGUUUAUUCUCAAGAUGCCAUAUUUGUGGGUUUGAGGAAAGUUGGUGAAACCUAAAGUGAUGUCGACGCUCUUAACAAAAGAGGAACACUGAGUUCCCGUCGUCGUUGGCUGUGAUUGGUUACUAAAGCAUCACGGUCAGUUCCAGAGACGAAACAAACACCCGCACUGGUCAGCUACUGGAACCUAAGGCAGGAUAAUGACUGCAGGUCCAUAAACUUACUAAAAUGCACAACAACUUUCAAUCAGAGCAAUUUUCAAACUAAUGCAUCAGCCAUGUCAUUUCUGACCAAUACUUUCUGUUUUUCCCAAGUCUGCUCUAUCAGUUCCUUUUUCUUUUCCCAUGCUGCCUAAAUAAAUAAAAUAUUUGGUGUAUGACAACAUAUCAGGGCCAUGCGAAGGAAAACAAAAAGAUAUUAAAGUGGAAACGACGCGGUAAGUCGUAGCACAAGAAAUCCAAAUAUCACAAAGUCGUAAUCAUGAAUCGAAAUAUUCCGAGAAGUCGUAACAUCUCGAGAAUAAAUUUGUAAUACUACGACUUUGUUACUUUAACUUUUUCCUUGCAUGACUUCUUGUGAUUUUACGACUUUGUUCUCAUUUUUUUUUUGUAUUUCAUUUUCUUGGCGUGUCCCUGAUGCUCCGUCCUACUGAUGCGGUUUUUAAAGUGUUAUCAUUUCCUCCACUCCAUGUCAGUCUGGUUGAACACCAUCAGAUUCCCUUUCUUUUUCUUCUUCAAUUCAAAAGCUAUUUAAUCAGUUAUCAAAUUCAGAGCCUAAAGACUGUGGGUGAAGGGAAAAAGACUGAUGGAUGUAAUUUCAGGUUAAAGGCACUUUCCUCCACAUGUACCUUAAAUGCUUCUCCUCACUCUCUUCACUGUUUCCUGGUUGUUUCACUUUUUAUGGCACUUUGUUUGUGUUUCUUUUUGUACUAUUGGAAACUAACAAAAAUAAUCUUGUGUAUUGAGUGUUAAGAUGCGGACCGUCAAUUGGCCCUCAUCUAGGAAGACUGAGGGAGGCCUUUACGUUUCGUUGUUAUCAUUCGGCUUCCCAGCGAUGGAUGUUGACGUUUGCUGCCUUGAUUUACUGUUUAUUUUGGGUCCAUCAUUAUUCCUUCUAGUUCAGCUAUAAAAGAAACCAAAUUAGAGCCGAUUGUUACGCUUUCGCCGGACCCGACGCAACCUGCCAAAUCAUCAGCAUCCGCGGCCCCUCCCGCCGCCACAUCCAGACCCUUUCUCAUCCCAUGAAUUAUGAAUUUUGGGCUCGUGCAAUAUUAUACAGUGUUGGUUUUGAUAACAAUGAAUAUAAAUUCAAGGCGUUUAAAAAUGCAUGAGGGGACGGCCGCGCCGCUGAGAUGCUGAUGUCAGACACUGUACAAUAUUUAUUACAGCCACCCUGUUCGCGUCUGCAUGCGUUUCUAUCGACAACGGCGACAUGAUUUCAUUUCCUCUGCGUUUAGGUCACCGUUUUUAGUUUUCUAUGACCAAUCAGUAAAAAAAAAAAAAAGAAAAGGCAUUGCUGUGUUUAAGUAUUCAAAAUUUAUUUCUUGACUUUUGAGUGGAUUUGAUGUUCGUUUUUAAUCCAAUGUUCACAAAAAAAAGACCUUUGUAUAUCCAAAGUUUAAAUAAAGAAUUUAAAAACACAA